AAGGUUUCAUGGCCCUGUGCAUUAGACCAAUGAUUCCAGGUAAAAAGACAAAAGGUAAAAGUUAUUUCAUUGCGAUAUUCAUUUAUUUUGUUGAGAGAUUCCAAUUACGUUGUUGCUGGUCUUAUAAAUAUCUGUUACCCACCCGCCGAUUACAUAACGUGUUGCGCCCAAACCUAUUGACGACAAUUCUUUAGACGAGUGCACAAAUGUAGCGCGGAAAGUGGUUUCCGUUUGAAACUCAUUCAAGUUGAAAACUAAUCGAAUAUUUAGUGUACUUGUACUUUACAAUUAUCCAACAGAGUAAAGUUGAGACGAAUCUGAAAAAAGACGAUAGUCGGUCGACGGUUGCGCUCGCGCACGCUAAGAUAUAAGUGCGCGGAGGGCGCGCGCCGCCGCAGUGCCGCUCCCACUGGCUUCGAUACAACGUGGCCCAUCAUGGGGAGACAGGCAUUAUUAUCGCUUGCGUGUUUGUUGGCGGCGGCUGAAACUUUGGGUGACCCAGCCGCGCCGAAGGGUGCUCCGGUUGCAGACAACGAGAGUGCUGAAAGUGCUAGACUGUAUCGUAACGUACCACUCGGUGUUUAUGCAAGUGCCGCGCCAUAUGGAGCCUACUCCAUUCAGAUCCCGGCGUUCGUUGCCGCGCCGAAGCCAGCUGCUUCACGGAUUAUACCAGUGACGGAAAUUUUCCAAAACGGCGGUUUUCUUAAAGAUUCAUACGGAAAUAGAUUUGUCGGAUCUCCUCAGUCGUUAGGCUAUAAAUUCCCGCAGCAAUUUGUGCCACUUCAAGAAUUGCCUUCGCAUCUGUCGCAACCUAUCGUUGCAGCGGCGCCCAGCUACCAUCACCGACAGCCGUCUCCUUUCGUGCUUGGUUCUCAUUACACGUACCCCUUACAAUCGGCUUCUCCUCAACGCUUCGGCAUCGCUCAGCCUCUCGUGUAUGCCGGAUCAUUCAAUGCUGCAGCGCCUCCUGCACCGCAUCAUUCUUCACCUGGUAAUACGGCUCAGCAACAAUCUACAAGCAAUCAAGUUGUUUAUUCAAAUACGCAGCCUCAAAGUCAGUUCAGUCAGCCGAGAGAUGCACCUAAGUUCCAACGUUUACAAGAGGCUCCUAAAGAGGGAAAACAAGUGACAGUACAAGUACAACAAGCUACUAAUCAUCAUGAUAAGGAACAAUUGCAGGUGGCUCCUAAAGAAACAGCUAUUUCUACUGUGGUUAAUGGGAAGAAAACAGUGAUUCAUUUAAAAACAAAUCCACCUCUUCCUUUAUUGGACCUCGAUCUCUUGGAACCUUUAACAUUCGAUAAUCCUCUCGUGCCUCAAGUUCAGCAUUUCCUGCCCAGGAUUAACCAGGCUACGUAUAAAAAGUUGCCAAACCCAAAUUUGAAUGACGCAAACACCUAUCAAAAGGAAUUCGUCGUGAUGAAAACAAAAUCAUACGAUAGCGGGCUUAUAAAAGGCAAACCUCAGAAAGAUGCACCUAAGAAGAAACAUAAACGACCGGAGCCUGAAAGAGAAAUUCCACAUGAAAAUGAAGCUCCAGUGAAACCAAAGGUAGUAAUCACAGGUAAUCCUAAUGGUGAACCAGAGAUUUCAUAUGAAAUAAACUCUCCUAACUACAAGGAAACUUACAAAGAACAAGCUAUAAGCUACAAUAAGGAAACUCAAUCGGAACCUGUCCACUAUACGUAUGGAACAAAAACGGAUAAUGCACCCGUUACAUACAGUUAUUCCCAUAAUACGAAGGAGCCGCUCAAAGUUCAAGGAGUGCACUACAAAAGUAAUGGUCAAGGACCUACGCAACUUAUUUAUAAGUUUAAACCCGAAGAACAAAACAGGGAACAAGAUGAACAUCCUGAAGAAGCUCCGCCUCAAGAAAACAAUCACUCUGGGGAAAAUACAGAACGCGAGAAUGAACAUCCUGCCAACUAUCAUCCAAGAGAACAUCAUGAACAUCACGGUCAUCCAAGAGAACAUCAUGAACAUCACGAUCAUCCAAGAGAACAUCAUGAACAUCACGGUCAUCCAAGAGAACAUCAUGAACAUCAUGAUCAUCCAAGAGAACAUCAUGAACAUCACGAUCAUCACAAACAGCAAGAUCAUCAUGAGCAUCAUAAAGAAGUGACAAAUCCCCGACCUUCAAAACCCGAGUACCGUGAGAUAAAGUAUCACGAAGUACCAAGUCAGGGUCAUCAUAAAACCGUGCAUCAAAGUCAUCCUCAGCAGCAUCCCCAGCACCAUCCCCAACCGCAACAUGUGCAAAGCGCGCAGCCGUUACACCCUAUAACGCAAUACGAAGAACACAUACGCAUUAUUCCCAAUCAUAAAACCGCCCGAAUAAAAGUUGACCCAAGUCAACAUGUUCAAAAAGGACAGACUGUGCCCCAGCAACAAGCACAUCCAUCUCCUGCGCCGCAACAUCACCCACAUCCCUCACUGGGGCCACAACAUCAUACACAGGACCAUCCCGCGCCACCAAGAUCAUAUCACCCACCUCCCCAGCAUAUUCAAGAGAAAUCGAGGCGCGUUAUUAUUCAAGAAGAAACGCCCGUAGAAAUGCAUUUACUCCGAGAACAAGCUUCGGCUGAAAUGAUAGACGAGGAGGAAAACAAUGAAGAGGAUUUCGAAAAAGCGUACAAGAAUGCCGCUUUAGGAUUUCCUGCCUUCCAUAAAGAUCCUGUCGACAUAGAAAAAGAUAUUUACAACCCAGAAAGUUACGGAGUUUCACACGACAGUAAUGAAUAUAAUGUAGAACACACUCCAUUCCAAGAAUAUCAAGAAGAAGGUGACGAAUAUCCGAAAGCAACGCGCUUGAACUAUAAGGAUCAGAGGGACAAAACGAAAGAGGAUUACUAUUUAGACUACUCCGUCAGUAGACCUGAAAGUUUGACAGAUCGGUAUAAAAAUAAGGUCGAAUAUUACAAACUGUACAAAAAACAAAGACCGGAUGAAUAUUUUGGUGGUGAAGAGAAAAAGAAUCAAAAUCAAAAUGCUAAAUAUACGGUAGCACCGUUUAUUUUUAAUAUUGCUUCAGAGAAACCUAAACAAGCUUUUGCACAAUACAAGCAAGCGGCACCGAUCAAAUACGAAUACGAUUACCCUAAAAAGGAUGUGCGGGAUAGUUCCGCGUACGCAUCGCGACCUCUCCAAAUGUACAAGAGUAAAACUAAUUUCGUGGAACCGCAGUUCCAAUACGGAUUCGAACCGAUAUCUCUGCCCCGCCUUCUCGACAGCGAGCUCGCUGCCAUGGCGAGCAAUCAUAGUCCGGAAAGUGAAAAGCCCGGGUUGAGAAAGAAAUUGUACAAAGAAAACUGGUACAUUAAAAAGACAAGCACUUCCGGCAGACAACCGGAUAGCUGAUAACUCGUAUUUAAUACGUUAAUUUUAAUUUUAGCUAUUAAGGUUUAGCGUUUACC